UGCCGGCAGCUGCGCCGCGCCGCCGGCCUGCGCUACCUGGGCUCGGGCUACACCAAGGCGGUGCACCGCGCCGCGCUCAACCGCAGCCUGGCCGUGGCGCUCAAGUCCGUGGACCUGGGCGGCCACGACGUGCAGCGCUGCGCCGAGCGGGCCGGCCCGCGCGGGGACUGCUACCGCCUCGCCUCCUACAAGCUGGUCAAGGAGAUGAUCCUGCUGCAGCGCCUGCGGCACCGCAACGUCCUGCGCCUCUAUGGUUAUUGUUAUCAGGACAGUAAUGACAUCCCAGAUACCCUGACCACCAUCACUGAACUUGGCUCCCCACUAGAGAUGAUUCAGCUUUUACAGACUUCUUGGGAGGACAGAUUUCGAAUAUGUCUCAGCUUGGUUCGUCUUUUGCAUUAUUUGGCUCACUCUCCUCUUGGCUCUGUGACGUUGUUGGAUUUUCGACCUCGACAGUUUGUGAUUGUAGAUGGAGAGCUGAAAGUGACAGAUCUGGAUGAUGCUAGCAUCGAAGAAAGCUCUUGUACCAGUAACAGUGACUGUUUCAUGGAGUUCCCAGCAAGAAAUUUCACUCUUCCCUGCUCUGUUGAGGCCCGAUGUCAAAAUAUGAAUGAAAAGAGGAAUCUUUACAAUGCAUACAGGUUUUUUUUUACAUAUCUUCUGCCGCACAGUGCUCCAUCUUCAUUGAGACCAUUAUUGGAUGUGAUAGUCAACGCUACAGGAGAACUUCAUUGGGGAAUAGAUGAAACACUUUCUCAGCUAGAAAGAGUUUUGUAUUUAUACAAGAGUGGCAAGUAUCUACAGAAUGCUACACGGACACCGAAAGCUGAGUACAAACGGGUGCCUGAUGCUACUAUUCCUGAUGAGAACUACAGGUGCUGGCCAUCUUAUCAUCACAAGGGCUGCCUCCUCUCUGUGUUUGACAUCACUGAAGCCAUUGAGAUCUGCGAGAGUUACUCCCAGUGCAGAGCUUUCGUUUUGACUAAUCAGACAACGUGGACAGGUCGGCAGCUUGUCUUCUUCAAGAAGGACUCAAACCAUAUCAUGCCUGAUCCUGACAAGAUAACAUAUGUGAAAGUGACAGGCUGACAGCUAAAGUGGUUCAGUCUAACUAGUAAAUGACAGGAGCUGUUUGUGUAUAAAUAUAGACAGCUGUUAUGUACAAGAUGUCUGAGGACAGCGAGAUAAUUGCACUAUUACUCAUUCUAAUCUAUAGAGUGCUAAACAAAACUUUAAAGAGAUGACCUGCAUGACCAGGAUGAAUGUGCAAUAGAACAACAUUUUGAAAAUGUGAUUUUUUUUUAAUUUCAAAUGAAGCAAAAUACAAAAUGUAUUACACUGUCAGGAUACGACGUUCAGUUGGCAGCUCUAGCUUUUAAUUCAGGUUAACUGUGUGUGCAUGUUUGCACAGGGUGGGAAUUUCAAAAUUUUUAUGAAAAGUCUGGAUCCACUGCCAAAAUAUUUAUUUGGGCAAGUACAAUCACUUUUUAUCACAAGCUUAUCAGUUUGAAAGCUAAAUAUCAAAUGUUAUAAGAGACAAUCACCAUUUGUGUUAAUGUUAUCAAACAUGCAAGACCAAAAAUAUUUGUAGGAAUGCUAGGCUCCUUCAUCAAUUAUUCUUAUUGAUAUUUAUAGUUGCAAAGAUGUGGCAAACUUUCAUUUUGUCUUAAAUGUUUCAUAAACUUUCAUCUCUAAGAAAGCCAUACUUAGUUGCCUAGGCCUUGAUCCAGAAAAACAUUUAAAACAGGCUUAACUUUAAACACACAAGUAGUGCCAUCAAAAUCUUGUAGGGUUUUACACAGAUGCUUAAAAGUGCUUUGGUGAAUAGGGAUUGGCUUAAGCAUGUGUUCAAAAUUAAACAUAAGCUUAAGUGGUUUGCUGAAUCAAGGUCUUAUUUACUGUCCUAAGUGUUUUUUAAGAUGUUUCACUAACAGAUCAGCAAAGCAGUCCAUCUGUUUGAACAAUACUAUUUUUAAAAUUAAUUUGCUUGCUACAGAAGGCCAUUCAUUGUUUUAAUCAUCAAAUUAUUUGUCAUCUAAGGUGCUACUUGCUAAUUCUUAGAACAAAUUAAAUAAAUGCCCUUAAUAAUUGCAAAUGUACACUAGCCAUAACUCUGUAUAAAUAAAUGCAUCUUGUAGGCAUAGUGUGUCUAAAGAAUUUGCUUUCAGUGAAAGCAAUAAACUAAAUGCUAAAAGUGACCGAUGUCAUACUGUUUUGUAGAUUGUACAUUAAGAAAAUUUUGUACUUUUUGUUCCUUGAAUUGUUUAUUUUUGUAAAAAAAUAAAUAAAAUGCCUGGGUUUUUUCAUA